AUGGAAUACGUGAACACCCACUUUACGUCUCUUGGAGACUUAAAUGACGUGGACGAUCACAUCACAAAGCUUAAAGACAAAUUGGCUUGUAUCGACGCUGCGGCGAAGGAACGAAGCUUGGGGAACGAAGCGCCAGUGCCUGAUUCAGUGGCCAGCUUGCUACUGCAAAUUAAGGAAGGAAAUUUGGUGGAGGCAGCGGAGUUGAUCAGAGAGCAUGGAACUGAACUGACAAAAUUGCAACUAAGCAAGCUUGAAGAGGAAAAACAACACCUCGAAUUAGUCCAGGAAGCGUUGGUUUUGGGUGCACAAAUCGAGACAGAGCUCGAUGGGGGAGACAACUUGAGUUUAGAAAGAUUGAGGCAAUGCGCAGAAAAAACAAGCACAAUUGACCACUUUGACACCAAAGAGGUUCUUGACGCUAAGCUUGAAGAAGUGAUUCUUCGGAGAAAGAGGUCGUUGUUACCCCAGCUUGACUCUCAGUUGCAAGAGAUCAGGUGGCUCUCGCCCAAGGAGACCAUUUCGGUGCCAGCACUGAAAAUGAAGGCCAUUUCAAGACUUUUGGCUGACCUUGUGGACCUUCAGGCAAUCUCUGGGACCCCGCAUUACCCAAAUGUGUGGUGGGCGCUAGAGAGCCUUGUGAGCCCGUUUGUCGUGCGCUUCAACUACCAUUUUGGCCAAGUUUCUGAGACGAAUCGGAUAUCGCGUCCUGAAUGGGCAUUGAACUAUGUGGAGAAGUUUUUUGCCGACUAUCUUUCCUCAAUUGAGCUCCUAAUUGGCGACAGUUUUGUAAAGCAUGGCCGUAUUGGCGUCUUCGAGGUGAUCACAGCAGCGCUUGUGCCAGUGAGAGAGAAAAUCAAUGGGAUGGCCAAGACCCUAAAUUCACAUAUUGAGAAAGCAAACGAGGAAGACGACCUAGAUAUGCUCGAGAAGUAUGGCAGGCUUCUCUCGCACUUGAUCUUUGAGAUGUCUUCUUUUGAUCAGAGACUCCGUGUGGGCUACAAGUAUAAUCCUCACAUCGAGAGCUUUGAGACGCCACCAGAUAAAAAGUGGAUGGGGCUCACAGGUGACAUUUUUAUGGGCUCUGGAAACAGUGAUAGUCCUGUCGUGACCAACUGGCUCAAUUUGGAGCUUCAGCUCGCCAAAAGGCGCUUCGAAAACGACAUUAUUGGUCGCGAGGAUGCAUUUGAGAUUGACUACGAAUACGACGCCUCCUCUGCCAAUCCCCAUAUUGUGCUAAAGCCAAGUUUCUCGGCAUAUGCUUUGGUGAAACUCUUUGACAAUCUAACGACCCACUUCAAGACCCUCAGUAUUGUCAAGUAUCAGCUCAAAUACGUGUCGAACAUUCAACUUACUUUUCUUGAUGAGUAUUUGAAGGCGACAGAAAAUGCAUUCAAGGUUUUUAACGAGUCACUCAGCUCUAAAUUGAUUUCCAACUUCCUUCCAGCUUCAGCGAAGUCUAGCAGUACAUCGACCACCCCCGUUGUAGUUAACAAUGGGUUGAAAGGUUUGGAAAUGCUCACAGGGCUAUACUGCUCAUUGAAGUUCAUGAUCCAGCACAUGGAACAGUGGAGCGUAGAGCUUUUGUUCGUUCAACUAUGGAACUUCUACAAAAAUAUUUCAACCUCAAAAGUUUCUGAUGAUUCGAUUUUUAGCUCCGCUAUUGAGCAAUAUACUGCUAUGCUUAAGAAAGUGUUCUCCAAGUACGAUGAGUUUUUCAGAAAAGAGAUCCGUGGGGCCCUCAAAAUGUUUGUCAACUCGGCCGUUUGGGUUAUUGACGACGAGUCACCCAAAAAUCAGCCAUCGACACAGCUUUCAAACUUCAUCACCAUCGUACCAGCAUACAUGUCCUUUCUCAAACGUGCACUUCCAGAGACAGACUACUUUCUUGUAACUAGCAAAGUGUGUGACUGUUUUGCCUCUAUCUUUCAUGAGUAUGUUGUCACCAACAACCAGUUCAAUUCCAACGGCGUCGAGCAGCUCAAAACCGACUUUGACUGCUUAGUCAGUCACUUAUCUGUGCCGCUCAUGCUCAAUGACGACCACACGCUAUUCACCAACGUGAAUAACAGAAACUACAAGAAAGUUCUCCAAUCAUUGGAGAUGUUGAGCUCCCUCGAUGCGGCCACGGCCAAAUCUCUAAGAAACAAUGCCGUGGAACCUCUGCAAAUCCGAGAGAGAUUCUCGACAAAGCUCGACUGUCUCACUGAUCGUGAAGUGAACGACUUGCUCUUUCGAAUUAUUUAA